AGUUUUAUCAGUGCCAGUGUCAGGAAGUGAGCAGCUUCAGCUGGUGAGACGUGAGAAAACCAGUGUUUAUCUUUGAGAGUCAGAGUGUGUGUUCACACCAGCGCUGCCUCAAACACACAGACACACACAGAGGACAGUAAGGAUGACGGACAUUGAGAAGCAGCCCAUUCCUGAAGAGGUGGGCGGUGGGCCCAGUGUGUCUGCAGUUGCCUCGCCUCCGUAUCCCACUGGAGCUGGACAGAUGCAGCCGCCUCCACCCUACCUGCCCCCUCCCUACCCCUACGGCCCGAUCGUCCAGCCCCCUUACCCUCCAGUAGAGGCAUCCUGUGCCAAUAGCCUCAUCCCUCCCCCAGACUACACCGCUUACCCCCCCAUGCAAGGCGGCUGCGUAGCGGACAACCUGCCCCCAGAGGAGAGCAUGGUGAUGCAGGACACAGGAGCCGUGUGUCCAGAAACCCAACCUGCCUUUAUAUCAUCGUUUGAUGACAACACCGUGCGGCGGGCGUUUAUCAGAAAGGUGUUCAGCGUGGUCACACUGCAGCUGCUGGUCACCUUCUCCGUGGUGUGCGUGUUCACCUUCUCGGACAGUGUGAAGACUGCUGUGAAGAAAAACAUUUGGGUGUACAUUAGCUCCUACAUCAUCUUUCUGGUGGUGGCACUGGCUCUGAGCUUCUCCUCCUCCUUAAGCCGCUCGUACCCCUGGAACUUCAUCAGCCUGUCAGUGGUGACCCUGAGUCUGUCCUACAUGGUGGGAACUGUGGCCUCUUUCCAUAACACCGAUGCUGUCAUCAUCGCUAUGGGCGCUACACUUGUCAUCUCCUUCACCAUCAUCAUCUUUUCCGCUCAGACUCGCGUGGACUUCACCAUAUGCAAUGGCAUCCUUACCGUCCUGGCAGUGGACCUGCUCAUGUUUGGAUUCUUCACCAUAUUUUUCUACAACAGUGUCGUGCAGGUUGUGUAUGGAUGUCUUGGAGCUCUGCUUUAUUCACUGUUUCUGGCUGUGGACUGUCAGCUGGUGAUGGGUCGUGAGAAGUACAGCCUGAGUCCUGAGGAAUACGUCUUUGCAGCCUUAGUCAUCUACCUGGACAUCAUCAUGAUCUUCCUCUACAUCCUCAUGAUUCUUGGUGGAAGCUCAAAAAACUAGCUCAAACAUGAGUACAAAAUAUAGACAUUUCCUCGUCUGUUUUCAGACAAUUCAGGACGGACUGCUGAGUUUUCCGUCUUCUCAAACUUCUCAGGAAUCUCUCUUAUCUAUCUAUCUUGCUUUUAGCUAGUUCUGUAUAUUAAAAAAGAUAGUCGUCGAAGACAGAAAUAGAGUUGGUGCUGUUGCUAUCUUUCCUAUGCGUGUACAACACAUCUUUUAAAUAAAUGUUAUAUUACACGAUUAUGUAAAUUAGGAUACAGUGUAAACAAAUUCUCUUCUUGUAAAUUAAACUGAAUAUUUAGUAUUGUUUUGGUUUAUUUAGAGCCUUUUACAAUGACUGUAGAAAAAGUGGACUACUGAGAAAGCUCUUGUUUUCCAGUCAUAUUUCCCGGACAGAAGGGUGUACCUCAAGGGUUGAUUUUAGGGCCGUUUCUGUUUUCUUUAAAGUGUCGUUCAACUGAAAAAGAGGACAUUACAAUGCCAUCCAUUCAUAAUUGCACAGUACUACUGUCUGUGCUGCUUUAAUGUAGUACUUUAGCACUGUUACCUUUUAUUUAACUGAGUCUUCUCUUCUAUUGAAUAGGUACAGAGCGAUAAAUGUGACUGAUUAAUUGUUGACCUCCUUUUUUAUGUUCUAUUGUACCUUAAUUUCAAAACUUAGUCCACAUUAUCAAUUUCUGUAUCAGGCACAGUCCUGG